AGCUAAAGCCUUGAAUCCUAUUGGAAUUACAAAAAUACCCCCUCACAUCCAAUCCGCGCUCUUUAGCUGCGCGACUCUCCCCUCCGUUCACUCCCUGUCUUUUCUCCUUUUCCUAUGUCAAUAUGUUUCAUUCAUUCUCUUGCAUGAGACGCCAUUUUUUUUCGAAAACGAAAAACAAGUAAAAAAAACAGUAGUUUCCCUCAUUUUCCCGGAAAAUUGAAACAUACUUUUAAUCCGACAGAAAUCUAGGAGAAUUUUUGCCCUAACCCAAUGGUUUUGGACGACGAACUCGUGACCCGGCUCCGUGAGAUUCUAUGCAAUUCGGACCUUGAUACCACUACGCCCAGCAGUGUCCGCCGCCAGCUAGAAACCGAUUUUGGGCUCGAUUUAUCAGACCGAAAAGCCUUUAUCCGAGAACAAAUCGACAUUUACCUGCAAUCCAACCUGGCCAAACCUCAAGACCAGGAAGGGGAUAAAGGAGCAGAGGUUGCUGAAGUAGAACAAGAGGAAGAAGGCGAAGCCGAAACCGAGGAGGAAGAAAACGAGGAUGAAAGUCAGGGGAAAGGUAGCAGAAAAGGAGGGUCAAACAAGGAGGAGAAAGUUAAAAAAAGAGGUGGCUUUAACAAAUUAUGUAGCCUUUCUCCACAGCUUCAAGAAGUUGUUGGAGAGCCAGAAAUGUCCAGGCCAGAGGUUGUGAAGAAAGUAUGGUGCCAUAUCCGGGAAAAUAAUCUGCAGGAUCCUAAGAAUAAGAGAAAUAUUAUUUGCGAUGAGCCAAUGCGUGCCAUUUUCCGUGUUAAAACAAUUAAUAUGUUUCAAAUGAAUAAAGUUCUGUCCAAGCAUAUCUGGCCAUUAAGCACAGAAGAUGGAAAUGCGAAACAAAAGGAAACAGCUGAUGCAACUGAUGAUUGUGAGUCUGAAGUAGAAUCCAGUAAGACAGAGGUAGAAGAAGAAGUGGAACAGGAAGAGGAAGUAAAAGAUAGUAAACCACAAAAAAGGAAAAGAGGUAAAUCUGCUAAAGUGGAUAAAGGUGUUAAAAAGAAAGCAGGGGGUUUUACCAAAGUGUGUAGCCUUUCUCCACAGCUUCAAUCGUUCAUUGGAGAGUCUAAAUUGGCAAGAACAGAGGUUGUCAAGAGACUUUGGUGCUAUAUCAGGGAGAACAAUCUACAGGAUCCAAAGAACAAGCAAAACAUAAUAUGCGAUGAGUCAUUGCAUUCCCUUUUUCAUGUUGAUAUAAUCAACAUGUUUCAAAUGAAUAAAGCCCUAUCAGCGCACAUAUGGCCAUUAAAGAUGGAGGAUGAAGCUCCAGCAGACUCUUCACAAAGGGAGAAUCAGUCUAGACAGGAUCAAGAAGCAUCUCCAGGAGACUCUUCACAAAGGGAGAAGCAGUCUAAAGAAGAGCAAGAAGAGGAUUUAGAUGAACACGAGCAAAAAGAAAAACAGCCAAAGAAAGGAGGUUCUGGUCUUCUUAAAUUGGAGAAUUUUAAGGUGUAGCACCAACAAAAUUAAAAUAUGCUACACUGAGAGGCUGAUUUGUCAAUGGAUCCGUCUGAUAAGAGAAGAAUUUUAUGGGAUGACAAGUUAAAAGAACUCUUUGAUGUUGACUCGUUCAAUGGCUUCUCAGUCUCAAAGCUUCUAACUGCUCAUUUUGUCAAGGCAGAGUAGAGUGUUCGCAUACAUGUACAUAUUGUGAGUCUGCGAGGUGGUCCAUUUUUGCUCAAGCUGAUCUCUCUUUGUAACGUGAUAGUUCUAAUUAAUGUCCUAACAUCUCCCAAAAAAAAAAAGAAAAAGAAAAAAAAGCAUCCCAAGAUUUUUUUUUCUUUCAUUUAUACCUUUUUCACUUUUUAGUUAAGUAUUCCAUUGAUAAUCUUAUCUUUUAACAUGUCUGCAUGUACUUUAUUGAUUAUUCUUAGCUACUUGUGGUUUUUAUCUGCUAGGACAUGAGAGUACGUGACAUUGAUAUGUAUAGGACAUUGUUAUAUGGGACUAUCCCAAAAGGAAAAAAAAAUCUAAUAUCACGUCGAGUAGGGGAAAAGUUGUUGAAAGUGGCCAAA